CGUCGUGAUGCAGUUGGUGCGUGAGAUAAGAAGCCAUCGAUUUCCUUACGUGGAGUCCACUCGGCACUGCUCCUCGUCACCCUGACUUGUUGAUCCGAUCCAGCUUUCAAUCCUCUUCCGAUCGGGUGCCGGGGCGUUUAUUUUCGUCCAGUAUUGAAUCUUUUAAAGCGAUUCUUACUGUAAGCCUCGGCUCUUACAAGAGUGCGUGGGAAAUCAUUGCGGCUGGGAAUCGAGGAAUUCUUUUGAGAGGAUUCGCUUCUGUUUCUGAGGAGGAGGUUCGUGAUUGAGGAAGUUCUUUAGCUUUUGUAGUCGCUUCGGAGGGCUUUUGUGCUCACGAAAUUGUGUCGAGGAUCGGGCUGAGAGAGUGCAGAGAGAUUUGGUUUUAGGUUGCUAACCCCUUGAUCGGUACGGUCUUUGGGUUCGAAACGAGGCUGGAGAAGUAAAAUAAGUGAGGGAGGCUUUAUUCUAGUGUUGAUGUUGUGGGGGUUCGGGAGGUGAAAAGGAAUUGAUAAUAAGAGAGUGAAGAAUUUCGACGUGCUGGGCUUUACCCGCAGCAGUACAUGCGAUUGAGGUGAUGGAUGAUUAUACGACCAUGAGACGAGGCUGAAACAGGAAGUCUGAUCGAGUUUACUAAUUUGUAAUUUGGCGAAAGGACAUUGAUGAAGAUGGUUGAAAGUGCGUAAUUAGAGGCCGAGGUGUGAUUGCCUAGUGGUCAGGGAUUUUUUGAAUUGUGGUGCUCACUGGAUUCUUCUAGACAGAAGUUUGGCUAUGGCGAAGUGCAGAGACAAGAUUUUUGGCGAACUCACAGAAAUGGAUAUCAGAGAUACUGGGCUGUCACCUUCUAAGGCCGAAUUGUUUUGCAAGAACCUCAUAAGAAUCGUACAAAGUACUCAGGGUUCAGUGAAUUUGUGGAUCAAGAUAUCGCAGGCGCUGCUCACUCCAGCCCAUCCUUUUGCCUUGCACCGGCUGCUCUAUCAUACUACCUACAAGAAUUGGAAUAGCGAGCUGCUUGGGCCUCCUCCUGCAUGGACUCCUGCCUUGGAGGAUGCGAAGCUCACCAACAUUGGUCGCAUAUUGGUAGCACGCGGGGCCGAGCUUCUUGCCUCUUACAAAGAUCCAAUUGCAAGCUUCAAUGACUUUUACCAGCUAUCCGUGGAGAAGCCUGAGGUCUAUUGGGAUAUUGUUCUGAAGGAGCUCGGCCUUAAGUUUCACGAACGCCCCUCUUGCAUACUUAAGAGCGACGAAACAAAUUUUCUUGGUGAGCCUUGUCCAGGGGGGAGGUGGUUGCCAGGAGCAAUUCUGAACGUCGCCGAAUGCUGCCUUCAACUUGAUAGCGAAGAAAGGGGUCGAGAGAUAGCAGUUAUGUGGAGAAAUGAAGGUCAGGAUGACUCUCCAAUCAGUUGCCUGACGAUGGCAGAGCUUCGAGAACGGGUCUGUCGAGUCGCAAAUGCCUUGGAAGGAGCAGGCUUUAGAAAGGGAGAUGCCAUUGCUAUAAACAUGCCUAUGGACGUUCAUGCAGUCAUUAUUUACUUGGCUGUUAUUCUUGCCGGAUGUGCGGUAGUGUCAAUAGCUGACAGCUUUGCACCUUCUGAGAUCGCUAGUCGUCUGAAGAUAUCUAAAGCAGAGGGUAUUUUUACACAGGAUGUAAUUCUGCGAGGUCAAAGGACUCAUCCGCUAUACAAUCGAGUCGUAGAGGCAAAUGGACCACGAGCCAUUGUGUUGCCUGCUCGGGAUGAUGGGAUUCAAGUUGUUCUUCGCGAAGGAGACAUGACAUGGGAUAAAUUCUUAGAGUUGACUUCCACAGUGGACAGGCCAGAUGAUUUCAAUGCGGUAGCAAUGAAUAUUGACGACACGUCCAAUAUCCUCUUUUCAUCAGGAACUACAGGGGAUCCGAAAGCAAUACCUUGGACGCAUGCAACUCCUAUCAAGGCUGCAGCUGAUGCCUGGGCACAUCAUGAUAUCCGACACAGAGAUGUGGUGGCAUGGCCUACCAAUUUGGGCUGGAUGAUGGGGCCUUGGCUCAUCUAUGCUGCUCUCUUGAAUCGGGCGUCAAUAGCCCUCUACAACGGUGCACCACUUGGAUACGGCUUCGCGAAAUUCGUGCAGGAUGCAAAAGUUACUAUGCUGGGGCUUGUUCCAAGCAUUGCGAAAGCUUGGAGAAACACUCAGGUUGUACACGGCUGUGACUGGUUCCAUCUGCGGUGCUUCAGUUCCUCUGGUGAAGCGUCAAACGUGGACGAUUACUUAUGGUUGAUGAGUCAAGCAAAAUACAAACCUAUCAUAGAGUAUUGCGGGGGAACUGAAAUUGGUGGGGGUUUCGUCACAGGAUCAAUGUUACAGCCUCAAACUUUGUCAGCGUUUAGCACGCCUGCUAUGGGUUGCAAGAUUGUAAUACUUGAUGAUCGUGGGCAACCUCUGCCAUCAGAUCUACCAGCCACUGGAGAGUGUGCAUUGGACCCAUCGAUCUUUGGAUCAUCAACACGUUUGCUGAAUGCAAGCCACUACAAUGUUUAUUACAAAGGGAUGCCACAGGUUCAAGGAAAGAUCCUAAGAAGGCAUGGUGAUGAGAUUGAACGUACUGUAGGCGGUUAUUACCGUGCACAUGGUCGCGUGGACGACACAAUGAAUUUGGGAGGGAUCAAGGUAAGCUCUGUGGAAAUUGAGAGAGUAUGUAACGCUGCUCACGAAGACGUUCUAGAGACUGCUGCUGUUGGCGUGCCUCCUGCUGGUGGAGGACCAGAGCAACUACUAAUAGUACUGGUUUUGAAAGAUAGUAGAAAAGCUAUUUCUUUGGAGGACCUGAAGAAGGUUUUCAAUGCAGCAAUUCAAGCAAAGCUGAAUCCUUUGUUUAAGGUGAAUGCAGUGGGGAUUGCUCCUUCACUUCCUCGCACUGCCUCUAACAAGGUGAUGAGGCGGAUGCUUCGCAGCCAAUACGGACCAGUCACUUGUCCAAAAAAAUCCAGUCUUUAAGUGUUGAAGCACAUGCUAUGAAAAGAGGUGAUCCUAUUGAUGAUUCAGCAGCAGCUCGAUAUGGUUGAAGUUUCUCCCUUGAAGCCCAAUCGCUAUGAACAGUGAAUGAUAAUUCAGGAAGGAAAUUUGAAUUUUUUUUCUUCACUAUUUCUUUUUGUUUUGGAGCGUGAGAGAUUCGAAACUCAUGGAAUCAGCAUUCAGUUUGCAAGGGAUAAGUAUCCAAAAAUUAGUCAUGAGGUGGAGUUUCUCCGAAAACUUUUCCUAUCGGACUGCAGCUAUCAUAAAUUCAUUAGUGUAAUCCAUAGUUUAUGGUACAGAUUCAUCACAUUUGUACCAAGCUACUAGUGUGAUAAGCGAUGGAUUUAGAACAGGCGCUUGUAUGAUGACAGCUUUCAAAUGUCACUGUGGUAGUAGAAAAUUGUUCUGUUGAUUACACAACCUGCUCCAGGCUAAGUUACGUCACCUUUCAAUUUUUGUACA